AUGAAGCUCAUCAGCACGCUCUCUGUGUUCUUCACCCUACUCGCCUCCAUGCCCACCUCAGUCUUUGGUGCAGCCAUCGAAAGAAAUCUCAACGUCGUUAAGCGCGAUAGCAACCCUUCCCAAAACUGCGUUGAGGGCGAGAAAUAUGUUGGCAUAUAUGGUAUUAAUGGUGUCUAUAGUCAAGCUUGUGCCGUGCUCGCUGGCAACUGCUUCUCUGCUGCCGAAGCCGGGACCACGGCGCUUUGGAGUGUAAAGAGCUGUGUGGCUGCUCAGACCUGCGAUCCUAAAACCGCUUUUGUCGCGCAAUGCAGGAAUACCGCUGUUGCAAACGCUACCGAUAUCCCGCAUUUGGACUACAACAUCUACGCAGGCAUAGUCGGUGAUUGCGCCUGGGCCGAGGGUGGUUGUCCCAUCACCCAACAGAAUUACAUCGACUUCAUUUAUGGCGCCCUGAGUGAUAUUGGGUCGACAACCUGGCCGAGCUCGGCCCAAGACGUGAUCACUUACUGGUGGACUCCGAUGCUCGAUUGGACGGCCACGGGAACUACGAUCCCCUACACGAACUUUGACGACUGGCUGCAUUAUGACGCCGUGUCGGACUAA